CGAUCUGGGCAGCGCGAAUUGCGUUCUGCUCCCAGAAUAACGUUCCCUUCGUUCGGAGUACCUGCACGAGGCGAAGUUAUUUUCGGUGCUUUCCCUUUGCGGCUGGAAGUAAAAGUUUUAUAAAAUGGCGGAGAGGUUCGAGUCCCUGGAGAAAUGCCUGGAAACACACUUACCGCAGGAGCAACUUAGGGAAGUGAGAAGGAUUCUUUUUGGCAAAGAAACGAGAAAACUUGAUUUGCCCUUGAGUGCAGUAGAUGCAGCUGUAAACGGAGGCUUUGAUUUGCAAGGUUAUGCAUUUGAUGCUGCUCAGGAGCAGCUGCGUCAUCCACGCAUUGUCAGAGUGGGCCUCAUUCAAAAUCGCAUUGUUCUUCCGACGGAUGCACCGGUUGGAGAACAGGUUGCUGCAUUGCACAAGCGGAUAGCAGAGAUUGUCGAAGUUGCAGCACAGUGCAGUGUCAACAUUGUUUGUUUUCAAGAAGCUUGGACCAUGCCGUUUGCUUUUUGCACUCGUGAGAAAUUACCGUGGACUGAAUUUGCCGAGUCUGCUGAGGAUGGCCCCACAACCAAAUUCUGUCAGAAGCUUGCUAAAAUGUACAACAUGGUGGUAGUGUCCCCAAUCUUGGAGAGAGAUUCUGCACAUGGAGACAUUCUUUGGAAUACUGCUGUAGUAAUUUCAAAUUCUGGUAAUAUUAUCGGGAAAAGCAGGAAGAAUCAUAUUCCAAGGAUUGGAGAUUUCAAUGAGUCUACGUAUUAUAUGGAAGGAAAUACAGCUCACAGAGUUUUCCAGACUCCAUUUGGGAAGAUUGCUGUCAACAUCUGCUAUGGACGGCACCACCCUCUCAACUGGUUAAUGUACAGUAUCAAUGGAGCAGAGAUCAUCUUCAACCCAUCUGCUACAGUUGGAGAUCUGAGUGAACCUUUGUGGCCUAUUGAAGCAAGAAAUGCAGCAAUUGCCAAUCACUGCUUCACUUGUGCAAUAAACAGAGUGGGAACCGAGAACUUCACAAGUGAGUUUACAUCUGGUGAUGGAAAAAAAGCUCAUCAUGAUUUUGGAUAUUUUUAUGGAUCAAGUUAUGUAGCAGCCCCAGAUGGCAGUCGCACUCCCAGUCUGUCCCGUAUUCAUGAUGGCUUGCUUGUGGCUGAACUAGACCUCAAUAUCUGCAGACAAAUCAAUGAUAAGUGGGGAUUUAAGAUGACCGGGCGAUAUGAGAUGUAUGCAGAAGAGCUUGCUAAAGUCGUCCAACACGACUUUCAGCCUAACAUUGUGAAAGAGUAAUGUGGAGCCGUUGCAAGGUCACUAACUAACUGAAGCAUAAUAAAACUGAUCGCUUUGUGUUAGGUUCCGUUUAGGUACAAUGGAGUAUUACUUCUGUGACAGCUAAAUGUUCAACAGAUACUUCAGUGAAUAAUCAUUUAUUACAAAUCUUUGCUUAUGUGUUGCGUGCUACAAAACAAACUGGUACUGUUUUAGGCCUCUUGCACAUAAUUCAAAUUUUUUCAGAACUCGUUCCUCAUUAAGGAAUUUCUGCAAAUCAUAUUUUGCUUGAUCAUCUUUUUAUAUUUUCUGUAGCAUUAACUCAUUAUUUCUUUUCAUCUUGUAUGAAUUUUCUUUGUACCUAAAUAUGUAUGCAACAUUUUCACUGUAAUAUCUGUAUUUCUUGAGUAUGUACUCCUGGGCAUGGUCUCAAAAUGGUUUUGAGGGAUCCAGUGCUCUACCCCAGUUAUCAAAUCUUAAAUUACUAAAAUGCAUUUGAAGAAACCAAGAACAGUCAGAACAGGCUUUACUUACGUAUCUGUUUUAGGAAAAUUCCCCUGCUUGCUCUUCACAUUUAAAAGGCAGGCAAGAAAGCAAUAUCUUCAUUAAUUUAUUGACAGGCACAGUAAAGUUUGAAUGCAAUACUUGAAGGCUUUUGUUGUAAAUCUAAUAUGGAGUCAUGUAAAAUCAGCCAUAAUAUUUGAAUGAUAAUUUAUGGAAUAAUGUGAAUUUAAUUAAAAACUGUACAAUG